AUGGCCAAUAAUAAGGUUGACGUCACUAGAUCCUCGGACUUGGACGAGGCAACGGGGGGACGGACGGAGGGAAUGGUUCGGAAGGGAGCUAUCAUCGACAAGUCGGAUCAGUUGUGCGCACUAGUCAUGUGCGCCGAGCCACAUUCCUGCUCAGCUGUUCACCAUCACGGCGAGCAGGAUACCGUGGUUUACGCCGCAAAGGGCCACGGUUCCAUUGUCUUCGAUGGGGGAAAGCAGCGCAAAGACCUCUCCCCGGGUGACUUUGCUAUCAUUCCUGCCUACACGGAACACCAGGAGAUGAACCAAUCAGAUGAAGAUGUUGAAUGGGUGAUCACCAGAGCAGGACGCAAGCCCAUCACAGUCAACCUGCAAGGUUGGUCUAAUACUUCUAGCUGA